AAUAAAUAAAUGAGCACAUCUCUCUCCCUCUCUCUUCCCCUCGACAGACCUCUUCUUCCUCCGUCUCCAUCGUGGAUCUCGUCCUCCGGAGAUCUCUUCACGGUCUUCCAAGUUGGGUAAUCCAGUAGAUAACUCCUACAAGCUUCUCUGCAACUUGGCUCGUGGUUGAUGCUUCCAGGUGCAAAUCUUAUGGUUGAGUCUGAUGAUGAAGUAAUAGUCAUGGUUAGACUGUUCUAAUGAGAAGAAGAAGAUGAAAGUACCACAUCUGGGCAAUGGGAACACAUAUAUUGUGCCACCACAACGCAACAGGCCCAUUGCAAGGCCGCCUCGAUGGAUAAUUAUCCUGCUAUGUUUGGUAUCUGUCUGCUUGAUCGGAGCAUACAUAUAUCCACCUGGGCAGUAUCCGGCUUGCUACUUUUUUUCUUCAAGUGUUUGCAGCCCUAUUAAGUACUGGUUGCCUCCUAUAGCACGGGAACUUACUGAUGAUGAGUUUGCCUCUCGUGUUGUCAUCAAAAACAUUCUUUCCAUGCCACUAGUUUGGCCAAAGCAUCCCAAAAUUGCUUUCAUGUUCUUGACUCCUGGGUCAUUGCCCUUCGAAAAACUCUGGGAGACAUUUUUUCUGGGCCAUGAAGGGAGAUUUUCUAUCUAUAUACAUGCAUCACGAGAGAAGCCAGUGCACGUGAGUCCUUUAUUUGUUGACCGGGACAUAAGGAGUGCUAAGGUUGUGUGGGGUAAGAUAUCUAUGGUUGAGGCAGAAAAGAGAUUACUGGCAAAUGCACUCCAAGACCCUGAUAAUCAACAUUUUGUCCUGCUUUCUGACAGUUGUGUUCCUCUACAUAACUUUGAUUAUGUGUAUAGCUAUCUGAUGGGAACAAAUGUCAGCUAUAUUGACACAUUUUGGGAUCCUGGCCCACAUGGUAAUGCCAGGUAUACUGAGCAUAUGUUGCCAGAGAUUGAAGAAAAGGACUUUAGGAAGGGUUCACAGUGGUUCUCAAUGAAGCGCCAGCAUGCAUUAAUAGUUAUGGCAGACAGCCUUUAUUUCACAAAGUUCAAGCUUUAUUGCAAGCCAGGUUUUGAUGGACGUAAUUGUUAUGCUGAUGAACACUAUCUGCCGACUCUAUUCACUAUGAUUGACCCUAAUGGCAUUGCAAACUGGUCGGUGACACAUGUGGAUUGGUCUGAAGGAAAAUGGCAUCCAAAAUCAUACCGAGCUGAGGAAGUGACAUACGAACUCCUGAAGAAUAUAACUUCUAUUGAUGAGAGUUACCACAUCACAAGUGAUGAGAAGAAAGUGGAGAUGCUGACACCUUGUGUGUGGAACGGAUCGAAGAGACCAUGUUAUUUGUUUGCCAGGAAAUUUUUGCCUGAAGGCCUUGACAAUUUGAUGCAGUUAUUCUCUAAUUAUGCAAUUGUUUGAGUUGUCUACACAAUUACAAUUCUUUGGUGUAGUGUCUGCAUUAGACCUUCCUCUGCUCAUGAUAAGUAAUUUAUUUGCAAGAAUCUUUUCAAAUUGUGAAACUACAAGCUCUUUCAAUAUUGAUCCGAGCCUUGAAAAGGUGGAGAUUGUUGGGAGCAAUGGGAAGACACAAUUUCUGAGUCUCUUGAGUAGGGUCGAGGUAGCUGCUAUUGUAUGGUACACUGUGCCCUGUAGUUCACUUCUCUUUGGUCGUCUUCUUUUUCUUUUUUCAUGGUGAUUUUGAUGUUGGGCAGCAAAUUUUGUUAAUCUUUUCAACUAUUAUGAAGUAAUCUUUUGUCCUUUUUUUCCCUGUAGUAGUUUUGGACCUCUUCCAUCAUAUAUUCUCCAUAUUGUUAAACAUGCAUCUAAUUUAAAAUUUUUUAAAUCUAUUUCGCUUGCUCUGUAUUAUUAUCUCCUAAAGUGAUUCCUUUCUUAGGCUUGCUUAAUAAAUAUAAAUGAUAAAUAAGUUACAGAAAACCCGAACCUGAGUGGACAGCAAUAAAUUGCUAUUGUCUUUUUUUACCAAACUUCUUGUUGUAAAAGAGGCAGCUGAAGCAGGAAGCUUGAUUCCCAUCUUCUUCCGUGGAGGCAAUGCAACACCCUCCUCUUUCAGAUGAAGAGGAUAACUGCACUUUUCGUUACAUUCUUUUGCUCUUUCAGAUGAAGAGGAUAACCAUGCUUCUUGCCAGGAAAUCCAUAGUUGCAGGCUUUGGAUCUUCUCUUCACUCCAUGGAAGACCAUUACGGCCUAUGAUAUCAGACCAAAGUUCAUCUCAGGCAGUUUAUCACGGACUGAAUGGUAACUAGGAAACAAGUUCAAAGGACAGAGCAAUCCCUUGAGAAGGAAAUCAGAGAAAUAAGGAUUUAAGAUAUACUUCCUCAAGCUGGACUGUCUAAAUUUUUGUCAAACCAGAGUCAUCAGGGAAGAAGCUCACUGGUUUGGUCUUUGUUGCAGGAUACGGAAAUAUGCAUUCCUGUCUGUCAACCAAGUAAAGAUCCUAGCAUCGUAAUUAUACCGCAAACUCCACAAUUCAGCCAUCUGGUUGAGCUCUCUACAGACUUGUCGGCAAUUCAUUGGAGCUAAAGGAGUGUCAGCAUGCUGUAGCAAUUGGAGUGACAAUUUUAUUCUUCUCAUCGUUUCUAUGUCAGAUAGUUCAUAUUUUGCACAUAUGCAUCAGCUGUUCAGAAAAAAUUAUAGGUGAUGGACAUUCUACAAUAGCAGAAAAAGGGACAAACUUAGAAUUAUUGCCUUGUUUCUUUUUGAAAGAUCUUGUUAGAUUCAGAUGUACCGGCUUUGAAUUCAA